AUGAGCUUGUUGAUCUCAGAAUUCUUUGAUGAUUAAAACGAACUAUCAAUUAUGAUAUACAAGGACUUGGAAUCGAUUUUGGGAUGUGCCCAAGAAAUAGACUGCCUAAUUGAGUAUUUUCAAGGAUCACAACCCUAACUUGUUAAUCUGGGCUUGAAUAAACUGUUUGCUAUUUUUAACCAAUCAAACUUGAUGCAUCUUGAUAUUAAGCAACAAUAAGAAAGCACUGUUACAGCUCAAUAAGCAGUUUAGGGAGCUAAAAGUGAAUCCAUUAAAAUUGUUCUUGAAGUUUAAAAGUAAAUCAUAAACAAACAAAUCCAAUCAACCUUAAACUAUUUCAUAGAUAAAAACCUCGCUUAAUUCAAUAUACCUUAUCAAUUAAACUUAAUUGACUUAGACUAGAGUAAUAUUUACUCUUAGGAUUUGCUUCAAGACUUGUUUUCUUCAGAUGAUCAAAUUCAACACUAGUUUAUUUAAAGAAAGUCUAGUCUAAAAGAAUCAACUCUAUUAAGAAGAUCAUUAAGCAUCAAUCAAAUCCAAACAAAAAAAUCAGUAAUUCUAGAAAAAAUUGAGUAUAGAAAAUAGGCUAUGAUCAAAAAGCUUGAACAACGAUUUCCUAAGUUAGAAAGAGUAGAACCUAUAAUUCCAUAUAUUUUGGGCCUAUAUGUCAAUAUAGAGAGCGAAGGACUAAUUGGGGAUUUUCAGUAGGCAAAGGAGAUUUUGAAAUCAAUCCAUCAUACAGUCUUAAAAUUGAGCUUUAGUAACCUCUUGCAAUUACUUUCUACGGAAUAUGUGAAACUAUUUGUGAAAUUGGAUAUGUAGGAGAUUAUAUAAGGAAAUUUUAACACAUAAAUUUAAAUAUAAUUUGAUAAAAUAAUAACAUAACAAAAAUGGACCAAACUAGAUAAAUUCAAGAUUUAAGAAUUAUUACAAAGUUCUAAAUUUAAUCAAUCUUUCUAAAUUGAAUAUCAAAAGCUCAAGCAAUUGGAAGAUUUAAUAAGCCCAUUAAAUUCAAAAAUACUCCUUCUUUUUUAAUAAAUUCUUCCUCAUGAAUAAGGAGGAUUUGACAAUAAUCAUUAGGUUGUAGACUAAUUAUUAUAAGAGAUCCAGUAGAACAUUUCUGAAAUCAGUAAUUCCACAACACUCAAUUAAGAGAUUUCUCUCGCAAUUAAGAAAAUCCUCUAAUAGAUUAUAAAUGUAUUACAUAAAUUUAAAGAAAAUAUUCAAUCUAAAUUAGGACUUACUACAUUAAAUAGAUUGAAAUUAUUAAUUAUGCAAGAUGAUAACCAUAAAAACAUUAAAUAACAAUUACCUAGUAGAUAUCAAUACAAGUGUGUACGUGAAUUAGAAGAUUCAGUAACAAACCUAUUUAAAAGAAAAAAAAUUAUUCUUACUUCAUCUGAACUUAUUUCUUUGAUUGUUGAAUCCAAUCAAAGAAGAGUAGACUUUGAAGGUAUUUUAAGUGAUUUAAAAUAUGGAAGUGCUACUUAAAGUGCAAUACGUGAGAUUUCUCAAAUUUAAGAUUAUAUCGUAAAUGAAAGGGUGAUAUAGUUUCUUUCAAAGGUUGUUGAUUAUUUCUAGGAUAGGAUAAAAAAGAAGGAUAUAGAUUUCAGUCUCUCUGAAAUAUAACUAACUUAACAUGAUGAAUAAAUGUUAAAAUCCAUUAAUAAUUAAUAUUUAAUAAAAUAUGUAAAGGAAAACCGAAGACUUUUUAGAACAAUCUCCAAUUACAUAUUGGCUAAUGAUCCCUCAGUAAGUUUGAAUCUUAGAUAAUAUUCAUCCUUAUAGGAAUUAUCUAUUUUUGCCCUUAAGUUUUGUAAAGAUUCAUGUUUAAAUGAGUUUUUCAGACUUUUUAGAGAAAUAGAUUCAUAAUAAAUUAAAUUAAAAUACUAAUUAAAUUCAACUGAAUUGUAAGAGUGGAAAAACAUCAUAUAGUUAUUUGAAUGA